UUCUCAGAAAUUCUCAGCACAGCCUUUCGGAUUCAGAAAAAACACCAGAAAAAAAAAAGUGCAGAUUUAAUCUGAGUCAGGUGUGAAGUGGGAGGAGGUGAUUCUAGCUUCACACAGAAUCGAGGCACUUCUCUGGAGCCUGGACCCCAUCAGACACAGCACAUGCUGCAGGCUGGAAGAAGCACUGUUUCUGCUGCCAUGAUAACCAUGCAAGGAACGGAACAGACCUCCGUGGAGGGCGGCCCUGCUCUGCAGUUCCUGGAGCAGGCAACCGCUCUACGCUCCCAAGUGUGGAAAAGGAUGCAGAAGAAGUUCUUGAAGGGUGAACCCUUGGCUCUCGGGGUUGUGCAGAUUAUAAUUGCCCUGAUUAUCUUCAUCUUUGGGAUAAUAAUGAUGACUCUCAAGUGGUUCACUUAUGGACCACUUAUAAUUUCGGGGUACACAGUUUGGGGGUCACUGAUGUUUAUUAUUUCAGGCUCCUUUUCAAUUGCAGCAGGAAAAAGAACUACAAAAGGAAUGGUCCGAAGCAGUCUAGGCCUGAACAUUGUCAGCUCUGUGUUGGCUUCCACAGGGAUGAUCAUCACUAUAAUUAAUGUGGCUAUUUUUACCAACUUUUACUAUUACUGUAACUACAAUGAGAUUUCGGAUCAUUGUGGGACCAUGAAAACUUUAAUGGGUCUGGAGUGUGUGGUGCUUAUUCUGAGUGUGCUAGAAUUCUGCAUUGCUGUGUCCCUCUCUGCUUUUGGAUGCAAAGUGAUCUGCUGCAGCCCCGGUGAGGCCCUGAUAAUUCUGCCACCAAAUCCUCCUGUGACAGAAACAGCAGCUUGUGCACCAUUUAAGGAGGUGUAAUGCCACCAUCAAGAGAAAAAUGUUCCAGAAAAUCUAUUCUUACUUUAACUCAAGAAUGUAAUUUAGAAUCCCACUCUGAUUUGUGUGUGUGUGUGUGUGUGUGUUUAUAAAUUCAGAAUCGUGUUCUCAUUUUUCUCCAGGAACUUGACAACUCAAUCCUCUGUAUCUUUAUCAGAAUAUUUGAAAUUAAAUAAAUAAAGCAUGCAUUUAAGGGUCAGCAGAACUGUAAGGGUCCCGCGAAACGUCGGAGAAAGAGACCACCAAGUGACCACUCAUGCAAUUGGCAAAAGGGGAUUUAUUGAACCAGCAUGCUGGGGCUCCGUGCCCACUCAAGAAGGGAAAGCAGCCCAGAGCCCCGAGCAGCGGCUGAACACUGCUUAAGUACACUUUUUGGGGAGGGCGGAGGGCGGAGGGCUUUGUAUACAUCAGAACAAAUCAUCAUGAGGCGCGGGAAAAUUGAACAACAACUCCUAAACAUGAUUAGUUCAUUCAUUGGCGGGAACAGGUCAGGCUGGAGUGAUAGGUCAUUCCUAAGGAGGGGGUUACAUUUAAACUGAUUGGUCCAGGCCCUGCAAGGCCUACGUGCGACCACACAGACCCCUUCAGUUAUUGAACAACCAGACAAUCAGGGGAAAUGUUUACUGGGCGGUUCUAAGCAUUGUCUUAACAGCUACAGAAAUUUCAGGUUUUGCAGGUAGCAUAGAACCCUAACAAUACCUCCUUUACAUUUUAACUCAGACCUUGCAGCUUAGAAACUUUUACAACACCCGGUCUUUUACCCUUUAACCUUUACGCUUUAACUUCAAUUUCUUUUACCCUUACAGAACUUGGACGUUUUCAUUUAUUCUCAAGACUUGACAUAUAGGGAUUAAACAUGCAAAGAAACUGUGAUUGCUGCUAAAAUGAGACAGCUGGGGCACAGAUUAUUUUUCCUUCAAGAAAUUUGAAUACAUGUGUCUCCCCACUUUUUCUUUCUUUUUUCCCAUGAAAAGUGCCAUGGGAUAGCACAACCAGUCCUUGCAUGUGCCUGAGUAUUGAGCAUAAGUAUGUGUGGAUCAGAUACAACUCAUAUUUUCUCUCCCUCUCUCCUGCUAUUUCCUACUAGGCAGGAUUGAAUUUUAAUGAGAUUUGUUUCCAGUUCCAUACACAGGAUUAUACAAUACACCAUUUUUAAUAAAUAUUCAUCAAAUCUACUUGAUUUUGUUAUUACAGAGCAAAAAUAAAUAAAAUUAAAAGCAAUUUAUUCAUGUGUUACCUGUUUCCCAUUCAGAUGCCCAUAUUUGUGACAAGAGACUUUAGUAUUGAGGUCAGAAAAAAGAGUAAUGUGCUAAAGAAUGUGAGCUUUCUAUACUACCAACUUAGGGUUUUUAUCUUGAAGAUCUCAUCUCUUUUAUUUGCUAUGUGUCUAAGCCAGGCAGAGAAAGGGAAAAAGUAUAUGAUCUCAUUUAGGAGAAAAAUGUUGAAGGCAGAAAACCAAACAGUAGUUAUUUGGGGUGGAGGGAGGGGAGAAGGAAUGAGGUGGGGAGAUAAAGAUCAAAGGAUACAACAUAGUAGAUAUGUAGAGAUGUACAAUAUGAAGACUUCAUAUUUGGGUAGAUUUCAUCUGCUCUACAGACACACACACAGGUAAUUAUGUAAGAUGAUAGUCAUAUCAAUUUGUUUCACUGUAGUAAUCAUUUUUGUUUUAUGUAUCUCAUAAUAUCACAUUGUAUUGAAAGGGUAACGUUUCUAAGCUGCAAAGCCUGAGUUAAAAUGUAAAGGACCAGGUAUUGUUAAGUUUCUAAGCUACACUCAAAGCCUGAAAUUCCUGUAGCUGUUAGGACAAUUCCCAGGACUGCCCAUUAGAUAAUUCCCCUUUGAUUACCUAGUUGCUUAACAACCCGGACCCCGAGCAGCUCAGCACGUAUGCACUCUGGGGCCUAAACCAAUCAGUUUGAAUGUGUACCCCGCCUUAGGACUGACCUGUCACCCCCGCCCGACCUGUUCCCGCCAAUGAAUGUACUAAUCAUGUUUGAGAAUUGUUGUUUGAUUUUCCCGUGGUGUAUGGUGAUUUGUUAAAGGGGACUGUGAUAUAUGUAAAGUCCCUGCCCUCCCUAAAAAAGUGUACUUAAGUGUACUGCUCAACCCCUGCUCGGGGCUCUUGGCCGCUCUCCCUUCUUGAGUGAGCCUGGAGCCCCAGAGGAUCUGCAAUAAACCCCCUUUUGCUGUUGCAUGA